CAAUUCGCAUUCAUAUCGUUCCCCAUAGCCAUAUAUAGCUUGCUCGCAUAAACGUCAAAAAGGAGGCUCUUUUCGUCGUCCUCCUCCGGCACCAAGCAAUCCAGUUGCCUUUCUUGCUUCGCUUGCUUGCAAGAAACAGCCACUCUCGCGUCCAAAAAGAAGUCUUUCUCUGAAAAAGGAGAAGGAUCAUCAUCGUCGUCGUCGUCGUCGUCGUCGUCCCCCAGGGACUCCAUCAUCGUCGGUUCCUGUCCCCUUCCGUCUUCUUCUGAUCUUAUCUCUCUUUCCUUCUCUCUGUGUGAGCGGGCCGGAGGAGGAGGAGGAGGAGGAGGAGAUGGACAUGAACAACGGCUGGCUCGGCUUCUCCUUGUCUCCUUCCGCAGGGAGGGGCGGCUAUGGCGACGGCGGAGCGAGCGCGAGCGGGGAUGGAGGAGACGGCUCUUGCUCCUCGCCUGCCGCGGCGGCUUCGCCUGUCCCUCUCGUCGCCAUGCCGCUCCAGCCCGAUGGCUCUCUGCACUAUACCUCUGCGCCAGAUUGGAGGCACGGCGCAGCAGAAGCCAACGGCCCCAAGCUUGAGGACUUCAUGAGCGUCACUUGCAGCAGCAACAACAAGAGGAGCAGCAGCAGCAGCAGCUUCUACGACAGGUGCAGCCACGCCGAGCAGGCUAACAAGUACCACGAGGUCCACGACCUCCAACCCCUCUCGUGCGGCUCGUACUACCACGGCAGCAGCGGCGGCGGCGGCAACGGCAUUGCCCUGGGGAUCAACAUGAACGCGCCGCCCUGCAGCGGCGGCGGCUUCCCGGACCACCACCACCACCACCAGUUCGUGUCAUCCCACCACGGCCAGUACUUCCUGGGCGCCCCUCUCAACGCGAGCCCGCCUGGCGCAGUGCCAAUGUACAGCGCCGGCGGCGGCGGCGUCGGCGGGUCCAUGUCCAUCUCCGGCAUCAAGUCCUGGCUCCGGGAGGCCAUGUACGUGCCGCCAGAGCGCCCGGUGGCGGCGGCGGCGGCGCUGUCGCUCGCCGUGACGGACGAUGUGGGGGCUGAGCCGCCGCAGCUGUUGCCGGCGGCGCCAAUGCCGCCGGUGCACCGCAAGCCCGCGCAGACGUUCGGGCAGCGGACCUCGCAGUUCCGCGGCGUCACCAGACACAGAUGGACCGGGAGGUACGAGGCUCACCUGUGGGACAACACAUGCAGGAAGGAAGGCCAGACUAGGAAAGGAAGGCAAGUCUACCUAGGCGGGUAUGACAGGGAGGAGAAGGCUGCGAGGGCUUAUGACCUUGCUGCUCUCAAGUAUUGGGGCCCUUCAACUCACAUAAAUUUCCCACUGAGCCACUACGAGAAGGAGCUGGAGGAGAUGAAACACAUGUCAAGGCAGGAGUUCAUUGCACACUUGAGAAGGAACAGCAGCGGCUUCUCGCGUGGAGCAUCCAUGUACAGAGGAGUGACAAGGCAUCACCAGCACGGGAGAUGGCAAGCCAGGAUUGGGAGGGUCGCUGGCAACAAGGACUUGUAUCUUGGCACGUUCAGCACGCAGGAGGAGGCGGCGGAGGCGUACGACAUCGCGGCGAUCAAGUUCCGUGGCCUCAACGCGGUGACCAACUUCGACAUCAGCAAGUACGACGUGAAGCGCAUCUGCGCCAGCACCCACCUCAUCGGCGGCGGCGACGCGUGCAGGCGCUCCCCGACGCAGCCGCCGGACGCGCCGGCGCUCGCCAUCGACGCUGCUGGCGCCGACCGGUCGUCGGACGCGCCGGGCGGCGGCGACCAGGCCGUGUCCGACAACUCGGACACCUCCGCCGGACACCGCGGCGCGCACCUGCUGCACGGCCUCCAGUACGGCCACCCCAUGAAGCUGGAGGCCGGCGAGGGCAGCAGCUGGAUGGCGGCGGCGACGGCGGCGGCGGCGCGGCCGGUGGCAGGCGUGCACCAGCUACCGGUGUUCGCGCUGUGGAAUGACUGUUGAUUGUGGCAACCAACCGCGCGCGUAGAGCACGUAGUAGUAGUCGUAGUUAGUGAAGAAAUGCAUGGCACUGCACCUGCAUGCACGAGGUGUAAGUGUAACGACGACUUCGGCAGUAGUAGGGGCGGUGAAGAAGCGACGAACAGCUGAACUUUUUGUGACGGACCCUCUGCAAGCCAGAUGCAUGUUGCACGCUCGCUGUCUUCUUUGCAGGAUGGCGACAAUUUUGCCGCAAUAUGUAAUGCAAUGGUUCGACAUGCAUGCAUGUUGGUUCAUUCUUCUUCA